CGGGGCCGGGGCUGUCAGCAUGGCGGGUGGCCCUGAGCCCUACAUUGAAAUAUUCGAGCAACCCAGGCAAAGGGGCAUGCGUUUCAGAUACAAAUGUGAGGGGAGAUCAGCAGGCAGCAUUCCAGGAGAGCACAGUACUGAAAACAACAAGACCUUCCCUUCCAUACAGAUUCUGAACUACUUUGGAAAAGUCAAAAUAAGAACUACAUUGGUAACGAAGAAUGAACCCUACAAGCCACAUCCUCAUGACCUGGUUGGGAAAGAUUGCAGAGAUGGCUACUAUGAAGCAGAGUUUGGACCAGAGCGGCGAGUCCUGUCUUUUCAGAAUCUGGGCAUUCAGUGUGUGAAGAAGAAAGACCUGAAGGAAUCAAUCUCUCUACGGAUCUCCAAGAAGAUCAACCCCUUCAAUGUGCCUGAAGAACAGCUCCACAACAUCGACGAGUACGACCUCAACGUGGUCCGCCUCUGCUUCCAGGCUUUCCUCCCCGACGAACACGGCAACUACACCUUAGCUCUUCCGCCUUUGAUUUCCAACCCCAUCUAUGACAACAGAGCUCCCAACACGGCAGAACUGAGGAUUUGUCGGGUGAACAAGAACUGUGGAAGCGUAAAAGGAGGAGAUGAGAUAUUUCUGCUGUGUGACAAAGUUCAGAAGGAUGAUAUCGAAGUCAGAUUCGUCUUGGACAACUGGGAGGCCAAAGGUUCCUUCUCCCAAGCUGACGUUCACCGUCAGGUAGCGAUCGUGUUCCGAACGCCGCCGUUCCUCAGGGACAUCACUGAGCCCGUCACGGUGAAGAUGCAGCUGAGGAGGCCAUCAGACCAGGAAGUCAGUGAACCCAUGGAUUUCAGAUACCUACCAGAUGAGAAGGAUCCGUAUGGCAACAAAGCAAAGAGGCAGAGAUCAACGCUGGCUUUGCAAAAGCUGAUAAAGGACUGUGGAUCAAGUGUGACAGAGAGGCCCAAAGUCGCUCCGUUCCCUGGUGUCCCUCCUGAAGGGAAGAUGAUUAAGAAAGAACCAAACAUGUUUUCCUCCUCACUGGUGAUGCCAGGGUUGGGAGCCUUGGACAACUCCAGUCAGAUCUACCCUGUGCGCAACCAGAUGCCCCAUGCACUGGCGCAGUUGGGGCCAGGGAAGCAGGACACGCUGUCCUCAUGCUGGCCACUGUGCAGCACCCUGAAUGCAGGCAGCAGCCUGCUCGGGGCACACACACAGAACAGCUUUGGGGCAGACAUGUCCCAGCCUGGUGCUCAGGGCAGCAGCUCCCUCCCAGCUUUCCACAACGCUCUGACCUGGCCUGAUGAGAAGGAUUCGGGCUUCUACCGGAAUAUCAGCAGCACGAACGGGCUGGGAGCGGUGUCGGUGUCCGGGGCAGACAUGCAGAGUGUGUCCAGUAACAGCGUCGCGCACGCAGCUCAUCCCUCCAGCAUCUCCACCGCCCCCAUUGUCAGCAUGGAGACCGACGACAUGACCUGCACCAAUAUGAACUUUGAUAAGUACAACCCCAUGCUGAACACGAGCAGCCCCAGGCAGCAGCUGCACGCAGUGCCUCCAGCCUGCCCAUCGGGAGCAGCCCCGGGCAGCAUGCCCUUCAACCCGCAGCCUAACUUAGCUGACCCGGCGCUUUACAGCUUUAUAGACCAUGAAGUUUUGAGUGAAUCAAGACUCUCCAGCAACCCCAUCCCAAACCCGCAGAGCAGCACUGCAGAUAACCAGUACUAUGACACCGAUGGUGUCCACGCUAACGAGUUCUAUCCGUCUUUCCAAUUUGAUAGCAUAUUACAGAACUUUAACCAUUGAACGGGUACAUAGACGCCUAGCUGUGAGAAGAAGAGUAACUUACCCUUCUGGAGGCCCUGCUUUCUCUUUCAGAAGGUUGCUCUGCAAGUUUCAUGAUAUAUAAAUCACAGCCCAAAGAGCAGUGCCCAUAAAAGAAAGAGAGGUGGGGGGACAGUAUGGGGUUCUGUACCUUAAAAAUACCUUGUAUACCUACUUUUACACUGUUGGAAAAGGAAACCGUUAACACUUAAAUCUUCCUGACCUUUGGGAACUGCAAAAGCUGGUGUCUUCAGAAGGGUUUUCAAACGCUUCACAGGGUUCAAACUGGUUGAAAAAGAACAAUUUUAUUUUUGCUAGGAAAAUUGGAUUUAAGUUUUAUUAGGACAGAAACUAAGGGAAGAAAAACCCUGCACAUGGGCACUGCAGUUCAGACUCACCUAACCCUGUUCAGGUUGGACUCAACUUGAAAGGUUUAGGUUUCUUACCCUCGUCCGUGCAAAAUAGUCUUCUAACCAUCAUCAUGCAUUCAUAUAUAUCUUCUUUUUUUACGGUCUCACCACAAUCCAUUUGCUUUGAAGGCAAAUUUACUCUUAAAAUCUUUUUAAUGACUAUGUCAUUGUUAGAUGUAUUUUUAACAGACCGGAAGGUUUGAGUUUUUUAAAGAGUCCAGCUCUGUUGUAAAUGAAUCACUGCACAAAAGAACGAACAGCAAGUGAGGACUUCUCUGCACUUCUUCCCAAGUGCACUGUUUUAAACGACAAACCCCAUUGCUUUAGGAAUGGAGCACGCUGGUAUUUCUCUGGAAGUUUUUUUGUGCACAUUGUCAUUUUGAACUGGGGAAAUCUGUUGAGCUGAAGCAUCUACCUGUUCUUUCCUCAGGCAUCAUGGCAGUUUCCUGCUAUGCAAGUGACUGCCUAAAAAGAAGGCUCAGAUCCUGCCUCCCCACCACAAGACAGCUUUUGGGGCAGAGCUGGAGGCAGUCCUAGGAACAACUCGCAGCCAUUGCAGUCUGCGCUAAGUACAAACACUCCUCUAUGCCGUACAUCAGAAACCAGAACUUAACUGCCUUCCACAUGAUUCCCAGUCUUCCUUCUUAGCCUGAGUUGUGAGAUGUUCAGUGGCAGCUCACAUGGAUGUAAAUGGCUAGGUUAAGACACUCUGCAUCAUAGGGCUUUGCUGGUUUAUUAUUAAUACUAUUAUUAUUUUUUAAGCAUCACUGCAGCAAGAAAUACUUGAGUAUUUCUUAAUUUAUACAGCUGUUUGGUAUGGCAAUUAAGGCUUAAGAAUCUCACUGUUACUGUUUGGCAACGUAAAACCGCACCAUGGGAA